AUGAUGAAAAUUAGUAAUGAGGAUCCGGCAGAUGGCAACAUUAAACUGAGACGAGGCUAUUACUCGGGAGAUCUUCUGACAACCAUAAAUUCUGCUACCACGUCGACAGAUGCAGAAGAUUCAGAUCAGACGGAGGAGAAAAAACAUGAAGAAAAUAUUCCACGGACGAAUUUGAUAUUUGUAAUUGCAUGCAUGGUUGCAAUCUCUAUAGAUCCCUUGUUUUUGUACAUUCCUAUCAUCGAUGGCGAAAGUAAGUGCCUUCGAGUGGACAAAAAGUUGAGGAUCGUAACUCUUCUUUUCCGAUCACUCAUAGAUAUCACCUACAUAGUGUAUAUUACAUAUCAAAUUCGUCAAGCUAUUAAGUCCGCGUUACCAGAAGACCAGUCUCAUCCCAACGAACAAACAGUUACUUCAAGUACUUGGAAGUCGAAGUUUUUCGAUUUGUUUGAACGUCGUGAUAAAACAUUUGAGUUCUCAUGGACCUCCAUCAUAAUUGACAUUCUAGCUGUUGGUCCAACCCCACAAGUGUUACUAGGAGCUGUUUGUUUCAAAAUGGGAGGGUCUAGAUAUUUGGAUAACAUAAAGAUUGUGAAUUUCUUUCUUCUCGUCCAAUAUCUGCCAAGGUUCUAUGAAAUUUACCUAGCUGCUACGGAAUUUAGGAAAAACACUCCAGUGUGGAUUAAAGGUGCUUUCAACUUUUUUCUGUACAUCAUUGCUAGUCAUGUACUUGGAGCUUUUUGGUACCUUUUCUCUAUUGAACGGGAAACAGCGUGUUGGCACCAGGCAUACAGAAACACUGCAGGAUUAAUUUUGGUGUGGGAGAACCUCUAUUCAAUUCUUAUUCCCGCUAUUGGGUUGCUAUUAUUUUCUUAUCUUAUUGGAAACGUGCAGAAUUGUCUGCUGUGGGAGGAGGAAAAGAAAGUGCAAGAACCGAAGCGGAAGAUCAUAGUGGAAGGUCUAAGAGCGUGGCUCUCCGAAAACAAUCUCCGUCCAGAUUUGGAGAAACAAGUCGUAAAAAACAUAAAACAAGCAAUUGAACUAGACAAGGAUGCAGGUGUCGAUAAUCUAUUCUCUCUUCUUCCAUGGAGUACCAGACGAGAGCUAAAGCGUUCUCUUUUCAAGCCAAUGAUUAAAAAUGCAAUUACACAAUAA